AGUGUGUAGGCAUGGAGCUACAUUCAACAGGCCUUUCCAAAGUAUUUGCAUACGUCUGGGUAUUGCUGCAGUAGAAUUUCAAGUUGUUGCUUGGUGAUGAAUGAAUGCCCUUACCGCCUACUUGUAACACAAGUGAAUAACGACUAAACAGGAGACUAGACUAAUGGAAGGAGAUCCAGGAGUAGUGGGUGAUGAGCCAAUGGUGUUAUGGGAAAAGCGUAUUCAGCAGAGCAUCAUUGUAGACCUUAGUGAAGAUGAGAGUAUCCACUUAAGUGGCCUGGAAAGUUCUCUGGCUUUUCAUAUCUCACAGGUAGACCCAGCUCCCUCAGAGGCCAGUAUCCACCUUUCAGGAAGUGCAGAAUCUGACUAUGACAGCUACUCAGAGUCUAUUAUCAACAGCCACCAUGAGGGACAUAUGAGAAAUCACACCAGAAGCAGUGAAAGGUGUGUGUCUAUCCAGAGACCAAACACAGCAGUACAGGACGUCCCCUCCCAAAAUCUGCAUUAUGACGACCCAGGGCAGAAUACCAGUGACGAAGACCAUGAGGAACUGCCUUAUGAUGGGGACCUGGGAAGCCUCUACUUUAACCAUGCUGCUCUCUCAGAUAUUAGCCAAGAUGGAAGACAAACAAGUUGUGAAGAUCCAGAUUUACAUCAUCUCAGUGAACUGAUAACAAUAAAUGAUGCUGGUCAUGAACAGUUAGCACCAGUCAAGUCCACCAUGAAAGCAAUAGACAGCUCGAAGGAAAAUCCCACAGCUAAAAAGGACAAAUAUUCACAUGUGGAAAAUGCAGCUUCAGGAAACAUUCCCUUUAUCCAGUUGCUUUCUAAAGAUGAUUUGUUACUAUCCGGGCGACUCAUUGAAGCGGAGACCCUUCCAGAGGUUUCUUUAUUAGACAGCGUGGAUGAUACUGUUUAUAGCAGAGCUUCAGUGCACAGCAGCAAACCUAUUCCUUCUUACUAUGGUUUAACAUCAAUUUGUGAGAGUAAUCAUAGUAGCUACUCAGAGCAGAAAAGCACUGCAAAUGUUAGUCUAUUACAAACCAAAAAUAUUAUUAAGGACAGUAAAUCAUCUAUUACAGAGAAUGUCUCCUUAAAUUCAGCCAGUAAUAGCUCAAAACAUCAAAUUAUCGGUGAGACUGUGUCAGAUGAAGCUGAAGAGGAACUAAAAAAUGACAAAACCCCACUUCUGCGUGCCAGAUCAUUAAGUGAGAUUAAAUAUGGACAGGGUCAAGUCCACUAUCCACUUCCCGAUUUCUCCAAAGUGGCUCCAAAAGUAAAAAUCCCUAAAACUCCAAAAGAACCACUCAAAACUAUGCCACAGCUUCCAAUCACUGUGCACAGAGCUCACUCGUCUCCUGACAUGUUAGAUGUGGUGAGCAGAGUCUUGGAGGAUUCAGCACUUACCCCAGAGAGACCAAGUGUCUUCACUGAGUCAGACAAAUCAGCAUCACCAGCACUUGUGCAGCACCUACAGGCUAAAUAUGACGACCUUCUGGCCAAAUAUGCUGAAGCAGAGACUCUCAUAGAUGAGAUGAGAUUGGGAAAAAAAGCAGCUUCUGAAACACAACUUUGUUUUGAUGACAGCCAGGACUACGUAGCUAAAGGAUCUUUUCUUAACCCAUUAGAUAAAUUGGAUGUGAUCCAGUGUACUGAUAAUGACGUGGCUUAUUCAGUGGACUCUGAGGUUGGACCAAGUGAUGGUGAAAUAAUGACAACUGAACUCUCAGAUAUUGUCACCCAAUUUAUGCAAAAUGUGGAUGAUUUUAAAUUUAAUGUAAGUAACAAAUCAAUAAACCUAGAGGAGCAGCAAAUGAUGAUGAGGAUUUUGAUGGAGGCUCAGGACCAACUGGAAAGAAAGUACAUGAGUAAGAAAGAAGAGCACAGAGCUUUGGAGAUGCAGAAAUAUAUGGGGAUUAACAGGAACACUGGCACUUUUGAUCCCGGCAGGCUGGUGGAGGGAGGUAUUUUCAGAUUAGGGAUGGUUCUUGAAGACAUAAAGGAGAUGAUAAACAAGAAUAUGUAUGAACAGAUUUCUCCACCCCAGUCUUCAUCCACUCCACUAUCAUGUGAUCUCCACAUCAAACCACAUGUGUUGUGCAUGUCCCCACCAUCACUCCCACUGUCUCUGCACAAGGAUCAGAGCUCACUGGGAGCCAAUGAGAUGGAGGUCACAGCUGAAGCUAGUACAGGUCAGAUGGAUGAUCAAGUGGAGCAAAAUAAUGAGCAGAUUAUUACUGACCAUUCCAAAACUAGAGAGUUACGUGGCUACUCAAGGUCGCCACACACAUUUCAGACGGUGUGUUUGACUCCAUCUGCAGAAGACAAAGAACAACAAGAUGAAGAGUCAGUUUUGACUAACGCGACUGGAUACAGUAACAUCCUGGCUUACUUCGAUGUGGCCAGUGCCAGUCCCAGGGAAAGCCUAUCAGCCAGUAGUAGUACACAGGAGAGAGCGCUACACCCGGAAUCUGAUCUGGACAAUUGUGUGAGUUUAUCUGUGGAAGUCUCUUGUUCCAGUGAAGCUUCUAAAGGCUGUGACAAUGUUCCUGAACCACUUCUCAAAACAUCUGUGUCCCAGAGAAACGUGAGCCCAGAGACAGACAGUGGUUUUGGAAGUUCUUACUUGAAUCAGUCUGCAUCUGGCUCUUUUCAGCAAAAUCUUAAUGAAAGUUUUUACUCUCAGAAGGAUCCUAUAAGCAGCUCUGAUAGUGAGGGUUCAGGUUCCAACCUUCAGACAACCAUCGAGCCACUCACCAAAGUCCAAAGAGCUCUGCCUCCUGUUAGGUCAGAACAUCUCAGUGCAUCAACUCCAGUCCAGCAGUGGGUCGAGAGCACAACUAAAGAGGCUAUAUUCAGAGUACAAGGUACCAAGCACCACCACAUGUCAGAACCUAUCCUGGGCAGAAUGAACACACGGGAAGGUCCAGUGUAUUCUUGUUCCUGUAACAAUGAGGCCAUACUAGCAUUACAAUCAGAAAUAUCCAAACUAAAGAAAGACAUGAGCGAAGGCCUCAUUCAGCUGCCAUACCUCGCUGACAAGCUUGACUACCUCACCUCCAAAUACAAACACGAGCGUUCAAAGUCAAGAUCAAGGAGCUACCAAAGGUCAUCUCCUAACAGCCCAUUAAAGUCACCCACUGCUGGACUAAUCCUGGGCAAUACUUCCCCAAGUCCAGUAAAGUUAAAAUGGAUGUCUACAUGUGUAGAUCCUAGCAGAAGCAAAGACACUGAAGACACAACUGCCUCAGAAAUGCAGUUUGAUCAUUCACAUAUAGAGGGCAGAAGAGGCAGUGAUGUUCUACAUCUUGAUUCAGGGCUUCACUCCCCAGGAGCAGGGCUAUCAAGUAGAGGAUUUGCAGAAAGAUGGUCUCCAAUUUACUCAACACCAAUCCACAAACCACUUCUCCAGGUCAACUAUGGCUCCUCCAGCAGCCUGCCUGCAAGUUAUAAAUUGAGGGAGUAUCCACUACAGCCAGCAGCCUAUGACUGGAAGAGAUCCACCCAAUCAGACACUGCCCUCCUGCCCAGCAAUGUCUUCUUCCAGCACACGAUGUCUCCUCUGUCUCCACCCUCAAAGUUAGGAGGCAGACCAAGCAAGCACAGUCAAAACAAGGAAGAAGACAUCCACCGCACUCUUGACAAGGCAAUUGAGGUGGCCCGCAGCAUGAAGAAGACCACUGACCGUAUGGCUAAAAGUCUGUCAGCCGACUUGGCCAAAGCAAGACAAAAACGUUGUACAGGGGCAGAAAGCAGCAUAAUCUAUAACAGAGAACUCAACAAAAACAAUGUUUUUAAAAAUACAUGA